GUCAGAGGUCACGGGGGGGCCCCGCGGGGCCCCGGCACCAACGGCGCCCAACGGUGCCCGGGCCGCGAUUGGCUCCGGAACCCUCCGCGCGGCGGCCGCGUUCCCCGCCGAGCCCCCGCGGCGGCCCGUCCCGCGGCACGCGGCCCGUUGUUAUGACGACACGGCCGUAAAGCCGCCAUCUUGGCGGUGCGGCUCGUUGCGACAUGGAGGCCGCGAUGGCAACGAGCGUGGGGCCGGCGGGGCUUACGGCAGCCGCGGCUGAGGAGCGGGAGGGGGCAGCGGCCGUGGGCUCCGGCCCCACCGCGCCGCCCGCCGGCCCUGCCGCCUUCCUCAGCCUCCCGGCGCCCUUCAGUGAGGAAGAUGAAGAUGAUGUGCAUAAGUGCGGUCGCUGCCAGUCGGAGUUCACCUCCUUGGAAGAAUUUGUGCAACACAAAUUACAAAAGGUCUGCCAGCGAGCUCCCGAAGCUCUUGCUGCUGCAUCAGCAGGUCUCCUCAACCAAGAAGUACAAAAGCAGGUCGUUCCUUCUGUUGAGGAGUCGAUAACUGUUGCUCAUAUAGUCGUCGAAGCAUCUUCAAUAGCAGAGGAAAUCAGCAACGCAUCUGCUAUAGUAGGUAGUGGGCACAUCAAAGAAGUCAUUGUUGCAGGAGACCACGUUUUCGAAAACCCAAAUGGUCACAUAGAUGGGGAAGUCACUGAAGAGCAAGGCAACCCUGACGACCAGGAGCAGGAUAUUUCCACAGAACUGAUAAAGGUUAAGCUGCUGGUCAACAAAGAAGGGCGAUAUGUAUGCGAGUUAUGUCAGAAGACAUUUAAAACAGCCAGCAUCCUCAAAGCUCACAUGAUUACUCACAGCAGCAGAAAGGACUAUGAAUGUAAACUUUGUGGGACUUCCUUCAGGACAAAAGGGUCUCUGAUUCGACACCAUCGGCGUCACACUGAUGAAAGACCUUACAAAUGCAAGAAAUGUGGGAAAAGCUUCCGGGAAUCAGGAGCUUUGACUCGGCACCUGAAAUCUCUGACACCCUGCACUGAAAAAAUUCGCUUCAACAUGAACAAAGAAAUAGUAGUCAAUAAAGAUGAUUUGCCAACAGGAUCCUGCAGUUCAAACGCAGACACUGUUUCAUCAAUAGCAAGUGAAUCCAUCGAGACCUCACCCGUCAUUCAUCUCGUGACGGAUGCAAAAGGCAACGUUCUUCACGAAGUCCACGUCCAAAUGCAGGAACUUCCUGUUGUAGAUGCGAAAUCCCUGGACCAAGAUCAGUCGCAUCCUGAGGAGCUGCCGUGUGAGGGGGAAGUGAACAGUGAGAAUCUGCUGAGGCAGGCCAUGAGGAAUUCGGGUAUUGUGAUAGAGAGAGUCGCUAUGGAGGAAAUGCAAAAGCCAGAUGAGCCUGCUGUAGCUGCUACAGAAGAACUAGAAAACGAAGUGGUGGAGGCAGAAGAGGAGCCAUGUGGGGAACAAUGUGUUGAAGUAGAACAAGCAGAGUCUACAGAUGCAGAAAGAACAAAUGGGUACAAAAAUUAUGUUUGCCCUCACUGUAAUGAAGCCUUCAGUGAAGCUACUGCCCUUGAAACACACAUCAAAGGUCAUUUAGAUUACAAGCCUUUUAAGUGUGACGAGUGUGGCAAAGAGUUCACAAAGGGCUACCUGCUAAAAAAGCAUCAAGAAGUGCACGUGAAUGAACGGCGUUUCCGCUGUGGAGAGUGUGGCAAGCUCUACAAGACCAUUGCACAUGUGAAGGGGCAUCGGAGAGUGCAUUCUGAUGAGCGGCCGUAUUCCUGUCCGAAGUGUGGCAAGCGGUACAAGACAAAGAAUGCUCAGCAAGUUCAUUUCCGUACGCAUUUAGAGGAUAAGCCUUAUGUCUGUCAGUACUGCAGUCGGGGCUUUCGGGAAAAGGGCUCGCUGGUCCGUCACAUCCGCCAUCACACGGGAGAAAAGCCUUUUAAGUGUUACAAGUGCGGGCGAGGGUUUGCAGAGCACGGUACUCUCAACAGGCACUUAAAAACCAAAGGUGGCUGCCUCCUUGCUUUGAAAGAGGUGGAAGAAGUGAUGGUGUCUGAGGAAAGUCAGUCAGCUGACAACUUAGCUGCAACAGUCAUUUCUGAAGAUCCUCACACUGUGCUGGUAGAGUUUUCUUCAGUGGUGGCGGACACUCAGGAAUACAUCAUUGAGACUGCUACUGAAGACAUGGAGACCAGUGAAGCUACUGAAAUAAUAGAGGGAACAAGACAUGAGGUUGACAGCCACAUUAUGAAGGUUGUGCAACAAAUAGUAAAUCAAGCAAACUCUGGUCACCAGAUCAUUGUACAGAAUGUCACUGUGGCGGAAAACUCUGAAGUCACCACAGACGCUGCAGACACCAUCACCAUUGCGACCCCUGAAAGCCUCACGGAGCAGGUCGCAAUGACACUGGCUUCUGCCAUCGGAGAAGGAACAGUGCUGACUACAGAGGGGAGCAUCGAGACAGAAGAAGCAACGGUGACAAUGGUGGCAUCGGAGGAUAUUGAAAUAAUGGAACAUGCAGGAGAGUUUGUGAUUGCUUCCCAGGAGGGGGAGGUGGAAGUCCAGACUGUGAUUGUGUAAUGAACAGCAUGCAGCUAGUGACAGAUGUUAAUGUAAAACUGACUGUUUUUCUCCAGUUUGGGGAAUUUGAUCAGUCUGAAGUUUGCCGUUAUAAUUGUUCAGAGAGCAGGGGAGAGAAUGCUUCUAUAGUUAAGUGUCUUAACAGGAUGGUACAGCCCCAAGAUAUUUUCUGUUUAAAAUGGAAAUAACAGUAGUUAAAAACCUCUGCAUGGUUAUACUGUGGAAGUGACUGAUAUGCCAUGUUUGACAGUCUCAAUAUUUUGUACAGCUGCCUCAAAUAAAGGAAGAUCCUUUGCAAAGCAUUUACCUCUGACCACAGGACAGUAGUGUUCUGGUGUUUAAAAGGAUUCUGAAAGUGAAGCAAAUACAUAAGGUCUCAUAAGAGACUACUUAAUCAUAUGCAUUUAAAACAAAGAAAACCAAACCUAAGGAGUUCUGGUGUGCAUUCACCACCACUCAGAAACUUUCAUGCCUUUAACCUCACUACUUUAGUCCUCCUAAGGCAUGGUACUGCAGUAUUCUUUUAUUUUAUAUCCUGGACAAGUAGCCUUACGUACUGGUCUAUGACAGAAUGCAUCAUUGUACCCUUGCAAUGCCAGACAGGCUACUCUGAGAGCUAGUCUGUUGGUGUGUAAAGCCAUAUUGUAUAUGAUUUUUUUUAAAACCAUAUAUGGAUUUUUAAUUGCAUAUUGUACAGAUUCAGCAUGUAAAUAAAUACAUUUUUAAAAAUAAAGUUAUUUAAAGUUCUUACUAUA